CAUGCUCCAGUUCCUGCUUGGAUUUAUUUUGGGCAAUGUGGUUGCGAUGCAUCUGAUGCAGAACUAUGACAUACCAAACCAGGCCAGAAAACUUGAAGAUAAUGUAAAGGACCUGGAUGCCAAGAAGAAAUCCCCUAGUUCAUGA